AUGUCCUUUCACCGCUCUCCAAUGGAGCAUUUACUUCGAUCUGCUCGAGCCUGCCGUUCGCGUUUCCGUUCUCUUCCUUCUUCCCAAACCCUAAAUACUCAAUUCUCACACCGCCUUCACUCAAAAGUAGAAUCUGCAUAUGCACGAUCCACCUUCUCUGCUGUUUCCAGUUCGAGAGCUUUGUGCGGAGAUUCCAGACCUUAUUCGAUGCUUCCUGCUGUUUUGGCUGGUUUGUUUGGAAUUGGAAUGGUGGAAACUGCGUAUGCCGAUAAAGGUUGUGAAGAUGUGCAAGAGAUUGCUAAGAAGGAACGAGAGAGAAUUCAGGACUUGCUUAAAACUAGGGGAAUUCGACAAGGUUCUUGUCCUCACUUCAGUGUAGCUGUUAAGGGCCAGAAGGUCAGUAUAAAGUUUCAAACUCCUCCUGGUUGUGAAGUUUCACAACUUAUUGCAAAUCUUACUGCACAUCUUGGACUGAAAUCUGAAGGCCACGGCGGUGGUUCAGAUAUGAUUUUGCGUGCAUGGGACAGCACGGUUGCUUGGCAACUUACCCUUACUCAUCCAUCAAAGCAAAAGCAUAUUCAACAGAAUGAACCGUCUUCAGCAGAUACAAAUGCACAUGAUAGAGAUCUACGUAUACUUAUAUUUCAUUCUCUCGUUGGCUCAGAUAAAGUUGAAAUUGAAUUUAUGAAGCAAGGGAACUUGAGUCCCGAAGAGCUUGAUGCUUUCAUAUCUGUUUUACAAUUAGCUGGUAACAAGUUGGUAGAAAGAAAUCCCCUGGAAAAAAAGUCAUGGGAAGAGAUCGAACAGACACCGUCUGUAGAUAAAGCUAUUUCUAGUCUUGAGGCCAUGGGAGUAAGAACAUAUGGACUCAAUGAACCCAUAGGCACAUCAAACAAUGAAAUAUCAUGGGACAACAUCGCUGGGUACGAGCAUCAAAAACGGGUUAUAGAAGAUACAAUACUAUUGGCUUUGCACAGUCCUGAAGUAUAUGAUGAUAUUGCUCGCGGGACUCGGCAUAAGUUUGAGUCUAACAGGCCUCGAGCCGUACUGUUUGAAGGUCCACCAGGUACAGGGAAAACCUCUUGUGCCCGUGUUAUUGCCAAUCAAGCGGGCGUCCCUUUGCUUUAUGUUCCACUUGAGGUAGUGAUGUCUGAAUACUAUGGUAAAAGUGAACGCCUUCUAGGGAAAGUGUUUUCACUAGCAAACAGUCUUCCCAAUGGCGCUAUUAUAUUUUUGGAUGAGAUUGAUUCUUUAGCUGCUGCUCGUGAUGGCGAAAUGCAUGAAGCUACACGUAGAUUAUUGUCAGUAUUAUUGCGGCAGAUAGAUGGCUUUGAGCAGGAUAAGAAAGUGGUUGUCAUUGCUGCCACAAAUAGAAAGGAAGAUCUUGAUCCUGCAUUAAUUAGUCGGUUUGAUACUAUGAUCGCUUUUGGUUUACCUGAUCAUCAUAAUCGUCAAGAAAUAGCAUCCAAAUAUGCAAAGCACCUGCCCAAAACCGAACUUGAUGAACUUGCACGAGCUACAGAAGAUAUGGCUGGAAGAGAUAUUAGAGAUAUUUGUCUGCAAGCGGAACGAUCCUGGGCAUCAAAGAUUAUUCGGGGACAAGUAUCUAAAGAUGAAGAACAAGCAAACCUUCCACCUUUGCAAGAAUAUUUAGCUUGUGCCACACAUAGACGGGAUUCACUGCUUAGUGCUGCUGCAAAUAGGAAGCCCGGGCGUUCAGGUUCUUCCCGCAACAGGAUAAUAAAUGAAUAA